UAUGUAUAUAUACAUACACGUAUAUACAUAUAUGUAUAUUGAGAUGAAAUAAAUGAAGACAAUUUUUUUCUAGAUUUUUCGCUUCUCGUUUGUUUCGUAAUUAAUCCUGUUUCUCUUAGUUGCACAACAAAAAUUGGAAUAUUAUACUUUGGGGAGAACUCCAUCUCUCUAUCAUGAAUUGACCGAUAUCAUUGUAUAGAAUAAUUGCUGGCAACAUUGUGGCUCUGUCCAUUGAAAGCUUUGACACAGUAAGUAAAACUAUGCUAUUAUUUCCGACUUUAUCUCUAUAAUAUCUUAUUAUAAAUUAAUUUUUUUAAGAAGAUAAUUAGCCAUUCCUUGAAAGUUCUAAAAACGUCGAUGUGUUAUUUUACGUUGCUGCGCUCCUUCAAUUGAUUAUACCGACAUCAUCUGUGCGAUCCAGAUUGUUAAUAAAAUUUUAAAAAUUACACGUGACUUUAUCGUGACAGUUUUUGCUAUUAAUUUGGAAUUAAUUUAAAAAUAUCGAGAAUAUAUAUAUCGAUGAUAUACGGAAAGUUUUAAUCUUAGAACGUGUACAUUUUAUCACAAAUUCGUAAUAACUAUCAGAAAACACUGCGUGUUUUGUUUCACGACUUAAUUCCAAGUACGCAAUCUUUAGGUAUAGUCGCUAUUUAGAAAUUCAGUUUGUUGCAGUUCUUACCAAAGAGACUUCACGCGUGUAAUAUUAAAGAGGGGGAGGAGAAAGAGGAGGGCAUGCUAGAGGAGAAUAAUUACGCGUCCAUUAUUAUAAUGACAAGAAGACAUAUACACAUGCCUCAUAUACACGUCGUAACACAAGGAAUCGUUGAUAUACACGGGCUUUACACUGAAUUCACAAAUAAAAGAAGAUCGUUCGCCUAAUAUUUCUGACGAUGAUCACGCAAAGGAGCAUUUGGCAAAGUCACUAUUAUGUGGUACUCAGGAUGUAUAUGACAUUAGUGGGAAUAUGGCCAUAUCACACGAUCGGCACUAAGUGUUUGCAUUUCGUGACGACGUUUACGUUCUCCUUCAGUAUCCUUAUACCCCAGGUGCAAUAUCUGCUAAACGAUUCGAUCGACAUAGACGAUGUGUUCGAGUGCGUGCCUUCGAUAGCAAUCACUAUAUUAUUCAGCUCUAAGUUAGUGAUUUUAAUGAUAAACAAUAAAAAAAUAAAAGCCUGUUUUAAGACGAUAGAGGAGGAUUGGCUAUCGCUGAACACGGAUAUCGAGAAGGCUAUUUUGCGGCAAUACACCGAAUACGGACAGUAUAUGACGAAAGUUUACGCGAUAAUUAUACUUGUUCCGGCAAUGUUCCACAUACUCAGGCCUUUCAUCACGACGCUACUGAAGAAGGAUAUCGAGAACAUAACAAAAUCAUUGAUACCAGGAGCGUCGAAAUUGCCCUAUCGCGUCGAAUACGGCGAGAAAUUGGAUCAGCAUUUUUAUUUGAUAAUGCUCCACUGUUGUCUAGCUGUAUUCGCUCACCUUAUCGCCACGAUCGCGGUUGAUGGCUUCUAUUAUACUAUGAUCCAGCAUGCCUGCGGAAUGUUUUCGAUUAUCGGACACAUACUGGAGAACAUCGGCAAAAAUGAUGAUGCCAAUUUACAUUUAGGGGUAAAAAAAAUAAAAGACGACAAUUAUAACAUGGCACUAAACUGUCUACGUAGACAUCUUCACGUUUUGGAAUUUGCCAAUCUGAUCGAGUCUAUAUUUACAAAUAUGUUUCUAUUAAGCGUAAAUGUGAAUAUACUUGUGGGCAGUUUAUCCGGUAUACAGGUGAUAAUGAAUUUAAACAACGCGGGCAGUAUUGCAACACCUUUGUCUAUCUAUUUUGCGCAAAUCGUUCAUCUCUUUCUACAAUUCUGGCAGGGCCAAUUUCUAUUGAACUCCAGCAAUGUUCCAUACGAAUGCAUUUGCAGGGGAAAAUGGUAUUGUACUUCACAAAAAUGUAAGAAGAUCCUUCUUCUAAUUAUGAGCAGAACUAUAUCACCUUGCAAAAUAACUGCCGGCAAAAUCAUGACCUUAUCAAUCGAAAGUUUUAGCGCGGUAAAGUAAAAUUUUAUACUUGUAUUUAUUUUAUAAUUAUAUAU